UAUUUUUCCUUUAAAAAAAAAAAAAAAGAAAAGAAAGAAAAGAAUUAGGGGCAGCCAUUUUUCUUAAAAACCUCACCCUCCUUACAAGCUCACAUAAGCAAUCCAUAGGUACUGAAGGCUCCCAGCUCCAGCAUCAGAUGAGUUAACAUCUCAAGCUUUAAGAAGAAAAAGAUCAAGAUUGCGAAAUAAACUGAAAUUGAUCUGUGGGAGGGGGAAAAUGCGGGGGCCACUGGGGAAUGAAGAGGAUCCGAUGGAAGAAAUGGAAAAUGAGGAUAUGUCAGAGGAAGAAGAAGAGGGAGUAAUGGAAUCAAUAGACGCCUUCUUUUUAGAGGAGCACUUGGGACCUCCCAAAAGAAAAAAAUCCAAAAAAUCAAAGGAGAACAAAACAUCUAACACAAAACGAAGAAAAAAAGAGGGAAGUGAUGAGGAGGUUUCAGAGAAUGAAGAUGAGAUGGAAGAAAAAUCUGAGAGCGAUGGAAGUGAUUAUGCCCCUAAUAAAAAAAAGAAGAAAAAACUUAAGGAGAAGAAAGAGAAAAAAACAAAACGGAAAAAGAAAGAUGAUGAUGAUGAUGAUACUGAAGACGGAGGUAUAAAGGUGCCAAAUGGUGAAGACCUUCUUCUCCAUAGUGGGAGCGGCCAUCUUGGAGCACAGGAGCCAAAAACCUCAGCUCAGUUAAUGGAAGAGUGGGGCCUUGAUAAUGUUGAUUAUGCGUUCUCAGAAGAUGAUUAUCACACUCUCACUAACUACAAGGCAUUCAGUCAGUUUCUCAGGCCUUUAAUUGCAAAGAAAAAUCCAAAAAUCCCAAUGUCCAAGAUGAUGACAGUGCUUGGUGCCAAAUGGCGAGAGUUCAGUGCCAACAACCCAUUAAAAGGGAGCUCAGCAGCAGCAGCGGCAGCAGCAGUGGCAGCAGCUGUUGAAACUGUAGCUGUGGCUCCUCCAUUGAUGGUCACUCCUCAACAACCAGUCCAGCCUGCACCCAUAAGGAAAGCAAAAACCAAGGAGGGAAAAGGCCCAGGUGUAAGGAAGAAAUCUAAAAACUCGAAAGAUGGCAAGAAAAAGGCGAAAAACAAGAAAAUUUCAAGUCUAAAAUUUAAGUUUGGAGGAAUGGCCAGCAAAAGGAAAAAGGGAUCAUCUAGUGAGGAGGAUGAUCGAGAGGAGUCGGACUUUGACAGCGCUAGUAUCAACAGUUCUUCUGUGCGGUCUGAUAUCUCUGCGGGUUUGGGCAAAAAGCCCAAAAAAGGAAAAAAGAAAAAAAGAGUUGAAGAAGGAGAUGGAUAUGAAACAGACCAUCAGGAUUAUUGUGAGGUUUGCCAGCAAGGAGGGGAGAUUAUUCUGUGUGACACAUGCCCUCGUGCCUAUCACCUUGUCUGCCUGGAUCCAGAACUGGAGAAAGCCCCUGAGGGCAAGUGGAGCUGCCCGCACUGUGAAAAAGAAGGCAUUCAAUGGGAGCCUAAAGAAGAUGAAGAGGAUGAAGAGGAAGGGGUUGAAGAAGAAGAGGAAGAAGAUGAUCACAUGGAAUUUUGCCGUGUUUGUAAAGAUGGCGGAGAGCUUCUGUGCUGUGACACUUGUCCAUCUUCUUAUCAUUUGCACUGUCUAAAUCCACCUUUGCCUGAAAUCCCUAAUGGUGAAUGGUUGUGCCCGCGAUGUACGUGUCCCCCUUUAAAAGGAAAAGUUCAGCGAAUCCUACAUUGGGUCUGGAGAGAAGCGCCCCCGCCUACGUCUGUACCACCUGGUGAGAUUGACCCACUUAUGCCACCACCAAAGCCUGUGGAGGGCAUUCCUGAGAGAGAAUUUUUUGUGAAGUGGGCGGGGCUUUCCUACUGGCACUGCUCAUGGGUUAAAGAACUACAGCUGGAGCUCUACCACACGGUGAUGUUCCGGAAUUACCAAAGAAAGAAUGAUAUGGAUGAUCCCCCGCCAUUUGAUUAUGGCUCCGGAGAUGAGGAAAGCAAAAGUGAGAAGCGCAAAAGCAAAGAUCCUGAAUAUGCAAAGAUGGAAGAAAAAUAUUACAAAUAUGGCAUUAAACCUGAGUGGAUGAUGAUACACCGAAUAAUGAACCACAGCUUUGAUAAAAAAGGAGAUGUCCAUUAUCUGAUAAAGUGGAAGGAUUUGCCCUAUGACCAGUGCACUUGGGAAUUUGAUGAUAUGGAUAUUCCAGAAUACGAAAAUCUGAAAGAGGCUUAUUGGGAUCACAGGGCAUUAAUGCUGGGAGAAGAUGCACGGCCUCCAAAUAUCCUUUUCAGGAAAGGAAAAAAACUGAGAGAAGAAAAACUGGAAAAACCACCUGUAACACCAAUAGUUGAUCCUACCGUUAAGUUUGACAAGCAGCCAUGGUAUAUUGAUGCAACAGGUGGAACUUUACAUCCUUAUCAGUUAGAAGGACUUAACUGGCUAAGGUUUUCCUGGGCGCAAGGGACUGAUACCAUCCUUGCAGAUGAAAUGGGACUAGGGAAGACUGUUCAAACUAUUGUGUUCCUCUAUUCCCUUUAUAAAGAGGGUCAUUCUAAAGGUCCGUAUUUGGUCAGUGCCCCACUUUCCACCAUCAUCAACUGGGAGCGUGAAUUUGAGAUGUGGGCACCAGAGUUUUAUGUGGUAACAUACACCGGUGACAAAGACAGUCGAGCCGUUAUCAGAGAAAAUGAGUUUUCUUUUGAGGAUAAUGCUAUCAAAAGUGGAAAAAAAGUGUUCAGGAUGAAAAAAGAAGCUCAAAUAAAAUUUCACGUAUUGCUCACAUCUUAUGAACUCAUUACUAUUGACCAUGCAAUUCUGGGAUCUAUUGAGUGGGCAUGUCUUGUGGUGGAUGAGGCUCACAGACUGAAAAACAACCAAUCAAAAUUCUUUAGGGUAUUAAAUAGCUACAAGAUUGACUAUAAACUACUGCUUACUGGAACACCACUUCAGAAUAACUUAGAGGAACUUUUUCAUCUUCUCAAUUUCUUGACACCUGAAAGAUUUAACAAUCUGGAAGGUUUCUUGGAAGAGUUUGCAGACAUCUCCAAGGAAGACCAAAUUAAGAAACUUCAUGACUUGCUGGGGCCCCACAUGCUAAGGAGGCUGAAAGCAGAUGUAUUCAAGAACAUGCCAGCCAAAACAGAAUUAAUAGUGCGAGUGGAGCUUAGCCAAAUGCAAAAGAAGUAUUACAAGUUCAUAUUAACUAGAAAUUUUGAAGCUUUGAACUCUAAAGGAGGAGGAAACCAGGUGUCAUUGCUAAAUAUAAUGAUGGACUUGAAGAAGUGCUGUAAUCACCCUUACCUCUUUCCUGUUGCUGCUGUGGAAGCCCCAGUGCUGCCAAAUGGAUCUUAUGAUGGGAACUCUUUAGUUAAAUCUUCUGGAAAAUUGAUGCUGCUGCAAAAAAUGCUAAAGAAAUUGAAGAAUGAAGGGCAUCGAGUCUUAAUUUUCUCGCAGAUGACAAAAAUGCUGGAUUUACUUGAAGACUUUCUGGAAUAUGAAGGCUAUAAAUAUGAGCGAAUUGAUGGAGGAAUCACAGGAGGGCUACGCCAAGAGGCAAUUGACAGGUUUAAUGCUCCCGGAGCCCAACAGUUCUGUUUUCUUCUGUCCACACGAGCUGGAGGUCUGGGGAUAAACUUGGCAACUGCUGAUACAGUAGUUAUUUAUGAUUCAGAUUGGAACCCCCACAAUGAUAUACAGGCUUUCAGCAGAGCUCACAGAAUUGGGCAGAAUAGAAAAGUCAUGAUAUAUCGAUUUGUGACAAGAGCAUCUGUAGAGGAAAGAAUAACUCAGGUUGCAAAGAGGAAGAUGAUGUUGACUCACCUGGUUGUCCGUCCAGGACUUGGAUCCAAAUCAGGAUCCAUGACUAAGCAAGAGCUGGAUGAUAUUUUAAAAUUUGGAACAGAAGAACUAUUCAAGGAUGAUAUGGAAGCAGACCAUAAUACUGGCACAUUAGCAGUUUACAAGAAAACUGGUGACAAUAAAGAUGUUGAAGACAGCAGUGUAAUUCACUAUGAUGAUGCCGCCAUUUCAAAACUUUUGGAUCGAAAUCAAGAUGCGACCGAGGAUACUGAAAUACAAAAUAUGAAUGAAUAUCUUAGUUCUUUCAAAGUGGCUCAGUACGUUGUGCGGGAAGAAGAUGGCGUGGAGGAAGUUGAACGGGAAAUCAUUAAACAGGAAGAGAACGUAGAUCCAGAUUACUGGGAAAAGUUGUUGCGGCAUCAUUAUGAACAGCAACAAGAAGAUCUUGCAAGGAACCUAGGCAAAGGAAAAAGAAUCCGUAAGCAAGUCAACUACAAUGAUGCUUCUCAGGAAGACCAAGAAUGGCAGGAUGAACUUUCUGACAACCAAUCAGAAUACUCCAUUGGAUCUGAGGAUGAGGAUGAGGACUUUGAAGAAAAGCCUGAAGGUGGAAGAAGACAAUCUAGAAGACAACUGAAAAGUGACAGAGAUAAACCUCUUCCCCCUCUUCUUGCCAGAGUUGGAGGAAACAUUGAGGUUCUUGGUUUUAAUGCUAGACAACGUAAGGCUUUCUUAAAUGCUAUUAUGAGAUGGGGAAUGCCACCACAAGAUGCGUUUAAUUCACACUGGCUGGUGAGAGACCUUCGAGGAAAAAGUGAAAAGGAAUUUAGGGCCUAUGUUUCUUUAUUUAUGAGGCACCUCUGUGAACCAGGAGCUGAUGGAGCAGAAACGUUUGCUGAUGGAGUUCCAAGAGAAGGUCUUUCUCGACAGCACGUUCUCACUAGAAUUGGAGUUAUGUCACUCGUUCGAAAGAAGGUUCAAGAGUUUGAACAAGUAAAUGGAAAAUACAGUACCCCAGAUAUGAUCCCAGAGGGCGUAGAAAAUAAAAAAUGUUUUGACAUUGUUUCCUCGGAUCCCACUACACCAGUUCCAGCAAGUCCGGCUCCAACACAAACUGGGACAGCUACUCUUCCAGAGAAGAGUGACAUGCAGUCAGCCUUGCCAGAGGAAAAUGAGCUAGCUGAGAAUAAGACCACAUCUCCUUUGGAGACACAGACCACAACAAAUCAGGAAGCAACAGAACAUGAAGAAAAGAACAACCAAUUAGAAAGCAAAGAAAAGAGAAUCAAAGACACAGAAGAAGAGGAAGAAGAAGAGGUUGAUGAGGAAGAGGAUGACGAUGAUAAAGAAACAUUAAAUCAAAAUUCCAAAGCUCAAAUACCUCAAGAACAAGAGAAGCCAUUAGAAAAGCCAGAGUUGAAUAUUGCUCAAAAUAAAAUGGAAGAGAAGGAACCUAAGACAGAAGAAGAUAGCAAACCUGACGAAAAAGAUGAUUGUGAGAAUCAACAAAAUGGAGAAAAUGAUGUAAAACAGGAAGAUGAAGAGGAGAAAAAAGAAGAUAAAAGCGCGAAAUAUAAAUUUAUGUUUAAUAUCGCUGAUGGUGGCUUUACAGAGCUACACACACUAUGGCAAAAUGAGGAAAGGACUGCUAUUUCCUCAGGCAAGAUAUAUGAUAUCUGGCACAGAAGACACGAUUACUGGCUGCUUGCUGGAAUUGUUACACACGGUUAUGCACGAUGGCAAGAUAUUCAAAAUGACCCUCGCUAUUUAAUUUUAAAUGAGCCUUUUAAGUCAGAGAUACACAAAGGAAAUUACCUAGAGAUGAAAAACAAGUUUCUUGCACGGAGAUUUAAGUUGCUUGAACAGGCAUUGGUUAUUGAAGAGCAACUUCGAAGAGCAGCUUAUCUCAACAUGACCCAGGAUCCUAACCAUCCAGCCAUGGCGCUCAAUGCACGUUUGGCUGAAGUGGAGUGCCUUGCUGAGAGUCACCAGCAUCUCUCCAAAGAGUCCCUCGCUGGAAACAAGCCCGCAAAUGCUGUUCUGCAUAAAGUUCUAAACCAGUUAGAGGAGCUGCUGAGUGACAUGAAAGCUGAUGUGACCCGUUUGCCGUCAAUGUUAUCUAGAAUACCACCAGUUGCUGCUCGAUUACAAAUGUCUGAACGUAGUAUUCUAAGCAGGCUGACCAAUCGAGGAGGUGAUUCAGCGGUUCAGGGGUCAUUUGGAUCUUCUCAAAUGUACAACAACAACUUUGCCCCAAAUUUCCGAGGAACUGGUCCUGGCAGUAUUGUCAACUACAGCCAGAUGCCUCUUGGACCGUAUGUGACUGCACUGAAUGGAACAUACGCAGCUUAUCCAGACAGAAGAACAGUAGAUUUGCUGAAAGAUGCUGCCUCUUUGGAAUGCAAAGGGAGACUUAAUGAUAUUAUAUUUAUUGAAGACUAAGUCACAGGCAGAAGCAAGUUGUGUGCAGAGACAGCCAUAUUCGUACUUCUAGUGUUUUAUGAAACCAUCAAAUGGACUUCUUGUUGAAAAAAAAAGGGAUUUAUUUUCCUUGUACAUUUUUUGCACUUUUCUUAUUGAAGACUUGAAGAGUUUGUCUUGAUAAAAGUUGAAUUACAUAUGAAGGGUAUUACCAUAAUAUCUAUGUUUCUCUUUUUAUCAGCUUUUGAAAGAAACUUAUUUUUUGUCCAAUACAUUAAUAUGCAGCCUUUUAUAUUAUUAUUAUUGUUUUGGUUUCCGCUGCUGCAUGCGAUAGUAUGCCCUUCAUUGGUCUUGAUCAGAUGUUUCACAGUAUUCUUUCCGGUUGAUACCUUACAAUAAAUGUGCCCAAUUCUAGGCUUCAGCUGCCUAACCCAGUGCCAGUAUUAGUGAGAUUUCUGCUUAAAACAGUUUUGAUAGUGACUAAUAUCAAGGCACUUUUUGCUCAUACAGAAGUGUCUUUAAGGGGGGAUAAAAGUCAGUAGUGUGGUGAGACUAAAGCCCUAGCAUACUAAUUUAACAUACUUGUAAUACAAAGUGCAUUUAAGAAAGGGCUUUUUUAGUGUAAGAGCAACACCUUUUGUAUGCACCUGGUGCCUAUCUUGUAGCCAAGCGAGGCACUGAUUUGUGGAUAGUUACAGUAUACUUGUUAAGCUCUUGCACAAGAGCACAUUUAAGGAUUCUCUAAAAAGGAAAUCUAUGUAAAAAAAAAACACAGCCAAAGCAGACACUUUUUAUUGCAAAGCCAGUUAAAUAAUAUGCUGGAGCUGUGUGAACCCCAAAAUAAUAUUCACUUUUAUGUAUCUGUAAAUCAUUAAAUGAUAUUGACUCUUUGAGUACAAGCCCAGGCUAACUGUGAACUACUUGCUAUCUUUAUUUCUGGUAAAGCAUCAAUUGUCUGGCCCACGUAUGUGCUACUGCAUUUUCUUGUCAGAAGACUGCUAGAUGAAAUUUGGAAUAAUUAACACCUUUGUUAACAACACCUUUUAAAUAUGGACUCUCUUGCCUAAAACAUAAUAUAUAAUUUUUUAACAGAGCACCUAUAAGGCAUAUACAAUUUCAUAUUGUUAUAGUAUUAUUUAAUAUGAACUCUGCAUGUAUUUGAGGAAUACAUGUCUAAUUUGACCAAAUUAUGUAAAGACCCUAUCCUUUACUUUGAACAGUUUGAAACAGGAUCUAAAAAAAAAGACAUUGCAGAAGGUGAAUGGAGAAUUAAACCUAUAAGGAGAGGUUAGCAAACUGGGUCUGUUUUCUCUAGAAAAAGGUGCUUGAGAGGUGACAUGAUUACUUUAUAUAUUCGAGGCUCAUAUACAGAGAUGGCAUAAGCUCUGUUUAUUCCAAGAAAAAGAAAAUUGUUUGUGACAAGAGGUCACAAUUUAAGGCUGGAGGAAAGGAGAUUUAAUCUCCGGCAACGUAAAUGUUUUUUUUACUGUAAGAGCAAUCAAAUUGUGGAACUCAUUACCUGAGGAGGUAGUAAAUGCCAAUACCUUACAUACAUUUAAAAAUGAUUUAGGUACAUUUCUGUCUAGAAACAGAAUUCAGGGAUAUGAUUGCUUGUGUUAAAUAGGUCAUCUUUUUUAAUGGGAUUAAUUUAAGAUAAA